AUGCCUGCUCCGCUAGUCAGGGUCUUGCACAAACUGCAGGAAAUGUUCUCCAACGUUGUAUCCGCGCUAGAGACCAUGAUUCUUUUCCCUUCACUCUUCCGGGAAUUCUCCCAACGGCGCCAGAAAGGUUUCCUGGGUGUACGAUGGCGACAUCGGACAUUGGACGACUUUGCGGAAGAGGUCGACCGCCUCUUUACUGCACCCCUGUCGAUGCGGAAUAUGAUCGUCAUGUCGGAGAAGAUACGCGCUCAGUUUAGGUCAUGUCUGCAGUCCAGCCCUGUGUGCAUGCUACCCUCCUACAACCAUGCCUUACCGUCGGGCACAGAGGAGGGGACAUACUUGGCGCUGGAUGUUGGAGGGUCGACUUUUCGCGUGGCUUUGAUUGAAUUACAUGGGAAAGGGAAUAUAAAGGUACUUCGGGAAUCAUCCGCAUACAUCGACAGCAAUGUCAAGUUGUUGGAAGGCACAUUGUUCUUCGAUUGGAUGGCAGAGAGAAUUGAGUCGAUGCUGCAGGAAGUUGGUUCAAGUUACGGUCGGGAAGAGUUGCCUUUAUCCAUGGGUCUGUCAUGGUCUUUCCCUAUCGAACAAACAUCGAUUAGCAGCGGACUGGUUAUCCAUAUGGGUAAGGGUUUCUUGUGUUCCAAUGGCACUGUAGGACAGGAACUAGGAGAUUUGAUCGUCCAGUCGUGCCGCGCGCGGAACCUUAAUGUACAAGUGGAUGCCAUUGUCAACGACAGUUCUGCCACACUUCUGUCUCGUGCCUAUGUCGAUCCUCAAACGCGCAUGUCGCUCAUUCUGGGAACCGGGACCAACGUAGCGAUUCACUUCCCGGUGCACGAGAUCGGAUUGUCGAAGUUUGGUACCAGGCCUCCGGGUUGGUUCAGCUAUGCUAAACACGUCAUUAUCAACAGCGAAAUGAGCAUGUUUGGUGGUGGUGGUGUGUUGCCCAUGACCCGGUGGGAUGACAUUCUUAAUCGCACCCAUCUGCGACCCGACUACCAGCCCCUGGAAUACAUGGUUACGGGACGCUACUUAGGUGAGGUUGUCCGGCUCAUUAUCGUCGAGGCCGUCGAUACCGCCAAUCUGUUUGGAGGAGAGCUGCCGCACUCCAUGCGGGAGCCGUAUUCACUCGACACCAGCAUCGUCGCAUUCCUCGAAGCCGACACAUCGCCGUCGUUGACUUCUUCGGCAGCUUUGUUUCAAAAGCAACACACUUUCCCUGUGACCCCUUCAUCGGAAGACCUGUACUUCCUACGCCGCAUAUGCCAGACCGUUUCGCGACGAGCUGCCGGUUAUCUGGCUACUGCAAUUCACAGCAUGUGGUGCUUGCGCAAUGACGUUGAGUUCUCUCCUUCUACCAUGGCUAUCAAGGAGGCUUCGGAAGUCACCGUGGUGGAGAGUGAGCCAGAAUCUCGGAGUCUGUCGAUUGCAUGCGAUGGCAGUGUGAUCAACAAGUACCCUGGAUUCCGAGACAGCUGCCAAACCUAUAUCAAUCAGCUGGCUGAACAGACCAACGGCACUACAGAAUCUCUUAUCAGCCUUGACCUUGCACCGGAGAGCGCAAUUGUCGGGGCUGCGGUUGCUGUUGCCGUGGCUGUUGCCGAUAAGGAAUCGAAGUCUGUAUGA